UAAGGUUGGGGGGUAGGAUUAGCAUGAAAACAGCGCACAUCCGGCGAUAUUCCACGAGAUUUUUGGCCUUAGCUGUAUCCCUUCUAGCCACAACCGGCUAUCUGUAAGCGUACAUCGAUUGUAAACUCGUUAUUGCGGUGCAUCGUGUAAUAAAAUGAGUGUACUGUGGUUUCGGACACAACUGAAAUGACUGUUCCCUCAAAUACAUCACAUAAUGGUAUGGGGCUAUUUUUUAAUCAUAACUACAUUAACUGCUCGUCCCCUUUAAGAGCGUUUUGACAGACGCGCAUGCGCCACCGAGGGCGGGUAAAAUGAAAGCUGUAAAUAACCGAUCGGCGGUCCUUAGCAACCGGUUAGCUUCGUAAAACACGAGAAUUAACGGACGAAGCAGUCUCCAACGUGACAUACACUCAUAUGAUAGUCCGAGAAGCUGUUAUAACACAUGAACUGCAAAUUCGUUGACAUUUGAUGGACGUACUGGAAAACUAACAGAUUUUAACUUAAGCUAACAGUUAAGUUAGUUUGGUUUCUUGCAUGUAAACAAACAACAUAACAGUCACUGUACAUUUACGAGUGUAACAAUCUAUUGUUUUAGACAGUUUUCUUUGUAUAUUAAUGCAAAGUCUUCAUGGAAUAAAAUAGUAACGUUACCUUUACAGGAUCUUUUAACGCUUUCGUAUUCGUAGUUUUCCUCUUGUUUAGAGGAAGAUCUCAUUUGACAAUGAGCACGGUCCUGGAUGAUCCCACCCUUGAGAGACAUUUUAAGGGUCACAGAGAUGUCAUCACAAGUGUGGAUUUCAAUUCUAAUAUGAAACAAAUAGCCACUGGCUCCAUGGAUUCGUGUAUUAUGAUCUGGAAUAUGAAGCCUCAGAUGAGGGCGUACAGGUUCAUGGGACAUAAAGAUGCUGUGAUGUCCGUUCAGUUCUCACCUUCUGGUCAUCUUGUUGCUUCUGCAUCCAGAGACAAGACGGUCCGGCUCUGGGUUCCCAGUGUGAAAGGGGAGUCAACAGUUUUCCGAGCCCAUACUGGAACGGUACGAAGUGUGAGCUUUUCAAGUGAUGGCCAGACCCUAGUCACCUCAUCUGAUGACAAAACCAUCAAAGUCUGGACUGUUCAUCGCCAGAAGUUUCUCUUCUCCCUCAAUCAACACAUUAACUGGGUCCGCUGUGCUAAGUUCUCACCUGAUGGGCGACUGAUUGUUUCUGCCAGUGAUGAUAAAACAGUGAAGCUGUGGGAUAAGAACAGCAGAGAGUGCAUCCAUUCAUUCUGUGAGCACAGCGGAUAUGUGAAUUACGUUGACUUUCACCCGAGUGGCACCUGCAUCGCAACCGCUGGCACAGACAACACAGUGAAGGUCUGGGACAUUCGCACCCACAAACUCCUGCAGCACUAUCAAGUUCACAGUGGUGUGGUGAAUGGACUGUCCUUCCACCCGUCUGGAAAUUACCUCAUCACAGCCUCCAACGACUCCACGCUCAAGAUACUGGACCUGCUGGAGGGCAGACUGCUCUUCACGUUACACGGUCAUCAGGGCCCUGCCACCUGUGUAGCUUUUUCAAGGACUGGAGACUACUUUGCUUCUGGCGGCUCAGAUGAGCAGGUGAUGGUAUGGAGGACUAACUUUGACAGUGUGGAUUACAGUGAAGUGCUGGAGCAGAAAUGCACUCGUUCAGAGAUUGAGCCUUUCAGUCGUGACCACAAAACGUCCAACCACCUGCCAACAAAGGUGUCAGACACUACUGGAAAGUCUCAUGACUUUGACUUGCACAAAAGUAGCAGCAGAAGCCACGAUCAGCCCAUUCCGAUCUUCUCUGAACCCCAUACGGAGUCUUCAUCUCCAUCAUACUCCCAACAGCAGCAGCUGAAGCAGACUGAAACGGACAGCAUCCCUGCUGCGCUGGCGAACACCCUUGAGCACAUUGUAGGACAACUGGAUGUGCUCACUCAGACGGUGGCCAUUUUGGAGCAGCGCCUGACACUCACGGAGGACAAACUAAAGGAGUGCAUGGAGAAUCAACACAAGAUCAGCUCUCAACACCGAUCUGCCAAUUAAUCCAGCUAUCUACCUCUCAAACACGUUUACUUUUCAACAAUUAAACAUUUGUUCUAGCCCCAAAACAUUUUCAUUUACAGAUUUGCUAUUGAUUUGUUGUUACAAGUAAAUCAAACAAAAAACAACAGUUUAUUAUGUAGUGAGAGAUACUUCUUGAGAUGCAGAUUUUUGUAUUGUAUACAAAAUAAGAUGGAGAUUUGUGCUGAGGGUUGUAUUGGUUUCUGCUGAGUAUGGUCGUGCCACUCGUGUCCCUUGCGGUACUAGAGGAAGACAGUAAUCUAAUCCAUCCUAAAAACCACACGAUGAAACUUAACCUUUUAUUCUGAUAAGACAAAAAUCGAAAUUCUAACUUUUCUUUUUUCAAACUUGUUAAGCAGUAUGAAUGUUUUGAACUAAAUUAACUGAGAUUGUAGUUAUCUUUUUCACGAUUGAUGCUGUGUGAGCUGUAGUUGAUGCUCUUUUUGAUACAUUGCUAUUAUGAGACGUGAUGUUUUGCACUGCAUAGUUUUAUGAAUUUUAGUUCAAUGAAAACAUUAAUAAAAUGUGUUUAUUUAACAUGCAUGUU